AUGUUAUCUGUUGAUGAUGAGGAAUUACCGUCAGAAGAAGAAGCCUUACAAGCUACUAUUCAAAGAAAUUUAGAGUUUUCUUUAUAUAGAAAUCAAAGAGUAGAACAAUUGUUUAAUAUUCUUAAACCACAAUUACCCCCUCAAGCUUUAUAUGAUACUCAACUGCAUUAUAAAAUAGAAGUAUCAAAAACUAGAUUUAGAUUUGAUAAUGAAGCAGAAUUUGACUGGACUUAUAUUUACUUCUUAAAUGAGAAGUUCAAGAAAACUCAAGGAAAAGCAACUAGACCUUCAAGUUGGAAAGGCUCUAAUAUUCAAUGCUGGUUAUCUUUACAAAAAUUACUUGUAUGUUGUCCAGAAAACUUACCUCCUCAGUAUUAUGAAACUUUUGAAAACUAUGAAGAAGAAGUUUUCAUGAUGGCUAUUGAUAAUGAAUUACUUGCAAACUCUCUAACUCUAAUGAACUCUAAUCAUUACCAAGACAUGAUAACAACUCUUGAACCAAUCUUAUAUGAAAAUUAUA